GUAGAUUUAUUAUCCUAGAAUCACCAUGCCACAAACCAGAGAAACUAGAAACGCGGACCUCCAGAUUGACCUGGCAUCACCCCCUGGCUGGACCUUUGCCCCCGGGGACACGGUCAUCGGCACAGUCCUGCGUCAUUCGCACAUCGUUGCCCCGAAAGCCACCGUGACGCUGUCGCUGGUAGGACACGUGAGGACCAAAAUCACUCCAAAUGGCAGCAGCAGCCGCGGCUACUAUCGUGGACACUGGUACCUUUUUAGCACGACGACGACACAAGUACUCUUCGAAGGACCCUUACACGCCCCCAAAGACAGCAGCAGCAGCAGCAGCAGCAAAAGUGAGACUUCAUGGUCCUUCUCGCUACCAAUUCCGACGAAGCCGGCCGAUUCAGCACUGGGGGGCCAUUAUAACGAAGAGGGCUUCUUGCCGCAGGACAAAUAUGGCAUCGCGCAUCACACAUUACCCGGGACAUUUGUCACGAGUAAUAACGACUGGAACCACUCUUCUGAAGGCUACGUGGAGUACUAUCUCGAAGCUCAGCUACAAUAUCACCAAUGGGGCAUGUAUAGGUUCGGUAGGGCUACGGUCCCCAUCAUAAUGCGGCCCCAAGCCCCGGUUGUGUUUCCCGAUUGCGAUCUCCAGCGACACACAGUCGACCAGGGAUCCCUGGGCCAGUGGUUGCUACCGGGGAAGGGAUGUACAGAUAGAAAAUUCAUGCAAAAGACGCAGAGGCUCCUGGGUUCGUCCAGAGUGCCCAGAGCACACUAUAGCGUCGAGAUCGGCUUGCCUCGCAUUAUCCAGCUGGAUAAUACAUCGUCCAUUCCACUUACCCUGAACAUUGUACUGCCACCCCAACAGGGAAUGACAAACAGCACCGACAUGCAUAAUGUCGGGCUGAAGAUCAGGCUCAACUGGAUCAAGAUGUCUAUCAAGUCAACGACUACUCUCCUCGCACCACGCGACGCCAGAAAACUUCUCACUAAGAGCGAUUCCCAUUCGGUUCUCCACAAUCUAAAUCUAGAAAGGGCUUUUCGGGAUCUUGACGUCCCCAUUGAGUUUUUUAUUGACAAAACUCGUAAUAAUGGUCCAGUCAAUAUUGGCAGUAUGUUCCAGCUGGUUCUUCGUUCGAAUGGAUUGAAAGCUAAAAAUCGACGUCUUGCUUCUGUACCAUAUCCCUAUAUCCAACCUGAUCUAAUCACAUAUAAUAUCAGACAUAGUCACAGGUUGGUAAUGGAGGUGUCUUUGACUAUUGCAGGAGAACGCCAUACGGUUCCAGUGAGUGGCGAUGUGAUGAUAUUAGCAGCUAGCUGAAGAAGCAUUCGGAUAGAGUUAAUGGUGACUGCUGUCAAUAUACCGCUUGAUUUUUUCCUGUAUCUAGUUGGAAACUGUAUAACUAUGCUUUUAUUCCU